CUGUGGCAGCUGCGGGCGCCGAGCUGGGAAGCCGGAGGGGACGCAGCCGCGCAGCGCCGACGAGCCGGCCGCGCCCCGAGGCCCGGCCCUGGGGGUGGGGAGCCGCCCGGAGAGCUGGAAACUUUCCCGGCAGGAGCUGACUACUGAGCCAGAACCUCUCAGGAGAAAGUGCACAGAACUGUGACCUAAGAAUCCAUCCCACCCUUUCCAGUGAAUGAGAAUCUACCAGAAAAUAGUGGUUCUGUGAGUGGGAUGAAGCGGAGCUACUGCUUCUCUAGAAGCACCUGAGCUGUUCAGCUUCUCCUUGAGACAAAAGAGUGUCAAAAAUGUUAAAGGCUGUGCUGAAGAAGAGCCGAGAGGGAGGAAAGGGAAGCAAGAAGGAAACAGGAAGUGACUUCAGUCUGGAGACAUCUUCAGCCCUGCCCCCUGGCUGUGGUGGGGACUCCCCUGGGAGCGGUCUUCCUGGAACAGAGGAUGCCUAUCGGGUGAGCUUGGCCAAAGGUGUCUCGAUGUCCCUGCCUUCAUCACCCUUGCUGCCUCGACAGUCUAAUUUGGUGCAAUCAAGAUCAAACAAAAAAUCCCCAGGUCCCAUCAGGAAGCCCAAGUAUGUGGAAAGCCCCAGGGUGCCUGGCGAUGGAGUUAUAAUCCCGUUCAGAGAAGUGUCCAAGCCCACAGAGCCCAGUGAGAAUGAAGCAAAGGCUGAUAAUGAACCGAGCUGUUCGCCGGCAGCUCAAGAACUGUUGACAAGGCUGGGAUUUUUACUGGGAGAAGGGAUCCCAAGUGCCACACAUAUAACCAUUGAAGACAAAAAUGAAACCAUGUGCACAGCUCUGAGCCAAGGCAUCAGCCCUUGCUCCACACUAACAAGCAGCACCGCAUCUCCUAGCACCGAUAGCCCCUGCUCAACCUUGAAUAGCUGUGUCAGCAAGACGGCAGCCAACAAAAGUCCCUGUGAGACCAUUAGCAGCCCUAGUUCCACCCUGGAAAGCAAGGACAGUGGAAUUAUAGCCACAAUUACAAGUUCAUCCGAAAACGAUGACCGGAGUGGCUCCAGUUUGGAAUGGAAUAAAGAUGGAAGCCUGAGGUUAGGGGUUCAGAAAGGAGUGCUUCAUGAUCGAAGGGCUGAUAACUGCUCCCCAGUGGCCGAGGAGGAGACCACGGGGCCAGCAGAAAGUGAGCUGCCCAAAGCGGAGUCCUCAGCUGGAGAUGGUCCGGUCCCCUAUUCUCAGAGCUCCAGCUCGCUAAUAAUGCCACGGCCCAACUCAGUUGCAGCAACAAGCUCUACUAAACUGGAAGACCUGAGUUAUUUAGAUGGGCAGAGAAAUGCUCCUCUCCGGACAUCAAUUAGGUUGCCAUGGCACAACACAGCCGGAGGUAGGGCACAGGAAGUUAAAGCACGAUUUGCUCCCUACAAACCACAAGACAUUUUGUUGAAACCCCUGCUGUUCGAAGUUCCAAGCAUCACAACAGACUCUGUGUUUGUGGGAAGAGAUUGGCUCUUUCACCAGAUAGAAGAAAACUUGAGGAACAUAGAGCUGCCAGAGAACAGAGGAGCAGUUGUUGUUGGAAACGUGGGAUUUGGGAAGACGGCCAUCAUUUCCAAGUUGGUGGCGCUGAGCUGCCAUGGAAGCCGCAUGAGGCAGAUUGCUUCCAGCAGCCCCAGCUCAUCACCUAAAGCAUCAGAUCCCGCCCAGGAUCUUCCUUUCACUCCGCUGCUUUCACCAAGUUCUUCCACCAGUGGUCUCAAGGUGGCCAAAACACCUGCUUCUGGUACUUCAGAAAGCCAGAGGCCAAGAGAGGAUGCGGUCAGAUACCUUGCUUCUAAGGUGGUAGCCUACCACUACUGCCAGGCCGACAACACGUACACGUGCCUGGUACCUGAGUUUGUGCACAGCAUUGCAGCUUUGCUGUGCCGGUCCCACCAGCUGGCCGCCUACCGAGACCUUCUGAUCAAGGAGCCCCAGCUGCAGAGCAUGCUGAGCCUCCGCUCCUGUGUGCAGGAUCCUGUGGCUGCUUUCAAGAGGGGAGUGCUGGAGCCACUUGUGAACCUGCGAAACGAGCAGAAAAUUCCUGAAGAAGAAUACAUUAUUUUGAUAGAUGGAUUAAAUGAAGCUGAGUUUCAUAAACCUGAUUAUGGAGAUACGCUUUCUUCAUUUAUUACCAAAAUUAUUUCUAAAUUUCCUGCCUGGUUGAAGUUAAUUGUGACUGUAAGAGCAAAUUUUCAGGAAAUUGUAAGUGAGUUGCCAUUCGUCAAGCUUUCCCUGGAUGACUUCCCAGACAACAAGGACAUUCACAGUGACCUACAUGCUUACAUCCAGCACAGGGUCCACAGCAGCCAGGACAUCCUCAGCAACAUCUCCUUGAAUGGCAAGGCUGAUGCUGCCCUCAUUGGGAAGGUCAGCAACCACCUGGUACUACGGAGCCUUGGCUCCUACCUGUACCUCAAACUCACACUGGACCUCUUCCAGAGAGGACACUUGGUCAUCAAAAGUGCCAGCUACAAAGUGGUGCCUGUGUCCCUGUCCGAGCUCUAUCUGCUGCAGUGCAACAUGAAGUUCAUGACCCAAUCUGCCUUUGAGAGAGCCCUGCCAAUUUUAAAUGUGGCCCUUGCGUCUCUCCACCCCAUGACGGACGAGCAGAUUUUUCAGGCUAUUAAUGCUGGCCACAUCCAAGGCGAACAGGACUGGGAGGACUUUCAGCAGAGGAUGGAUGCCCUCUCCUGCUUUCUCAUUAAGAGACGAGACAAAACCCGCAUGUUCUGCCACCCAUCCUUUAGGGAAUGGCUUGUCUGGAGAGCAGAUGGGGAAAGCACAGCCUUCCUGUGUGAGCCCAGGAAUGGACACGCUCUUCUGGCAUUCAUGUUCUCUCGGCAGGAGGGCAGGCUGAACCGCCAGCAGACCAUGGAGCUCGGCCACCACAUCCUGAAGGCGCACAUUUUCAAGGGCCUCAGUAAGAAGACUGGAAUCUCCUCGAGCCAUCUGCAGGCCCUGUGGAUUGGGUAUAGUACUGAGGGGCUGUCUGCCGCCCUCUCCUCUCUCCGGAAUCUCUAUACACCCAAUGUGAAGGUGAGCCGUCUCCUGAUUUUGGCAGGGGCCAAUGUGAACUACAGGACCGAAGUGUUGAACAAUGCCCCCAUCCUCUGCGUCCAGUCUCACCUUGGCCAUGAGGAAGUUGUCAUCCUGCUCCUGGAAUAUGGUGCCUGCCUGGAUGGAAUGUCGGAGAACGGCAUGACCGCGCUGUGCUACGCAGCAGCUGCCGGCCACAUGAAGCUGGUGUGUCUGCUGACAAAGAAGGGGGCAAAGGUGGACCACUUGGAUAAGAAAGGCCAGUGCGCACUGGUCCACAGCGCGCUGCGGGGACAUGGCAACAUUCUCCAGUACCUGCUGACCUGUGAGUGGUCAGCAGGCCCUCCACAGCCUGGAGCCCUGAGGAAGAGCCACGCCUUGCAGCAGGCACUAACAGCAGCAGCUAGCAUGGGCCACAGCUUGGUGGUCCAGUGCUUGCUGGGAAUGGAAGAGGAACAUGAAAUAGAAGUCAAUGGCACUGACACGUUGUGGGGAGAAACAGCCCUGACUGCUGCUGCAGGAAGAGGGAAGCUGGAGGUCUGCGAGCUGCUGCUGGAACAGGGUGCUGCUGUUUCUCGGACGAACAAGAGAGGGGUCCCCCCAUUGUUUUGUGCAGCACGCCAGGGGCACUGGCAGAUUGUGAGGCUGCUGUUGGAGCGUGGCUGUGACGUGAACCUGAGUGACAAGCAGGGCCGGACACCCCUCAUGGUGGCUGCCUGUGAGGGGCACUUGAGCACCGUGGAGUUCCUCCUUUCCAAAGGUGCCACCCUUUCUGCUCUGGACAAGGAGGGUCUGUCACCAUUGAGCUGGGCUUGUCUAAAGGGUCACAGGGCUGUAGUGCAGUAUCUGGUUGAACAAGGAGCCGAGAUAGACCAGACAGACAAGAACGGCCGCACACCACUGGACCUGGCUGCUUUCUAUGGCGACGCUGAGACUGUGCUGUACCUGGUCGAGAAGGGAGCUGUGAUUGAGCACGUGGACCACAGUGGGAUGCGGCCCUUGGACAGAGCCAUCGGCUGUCGAAACACCACUGUCGUGGUCACAUUGCUCAGAAAAGGAGCCAAAUUAGGAAACGCUGCCUGGGCGAUGGCCACCUCCAAACCUGAUAUUUUGAUUAUCCUGUUACAGAAAUUAAUGGAGGAAGGAAAUGUGAUGUAUAAAAAAGGGAAGAUGAAGGAGGCGACGCAGCGGUACCAGUACGCCUUGAGAAAGUUUCCUCGAGAAGGACUUGGGGAGGACAUGAGACCUUUCAAUGAACUAAGAGUCUCCCUCUAUCUCAGCUUGUCUCGAUGUCGGAGAAAAACCAAUGACUUUGGCAUGGCUGAAGAAUUUGCUUCCAAGGCUCUGGAGUUGAAGCCCAAGUCCUAUGAAGCCUUUUAUGCCAGGGCAAGAGCGAAGAGAAAUAGCAGGCAAUUCGUGGCAGCCCUGGCUGACCUGCAGGAGGCAGUGAAGCUGUGUCCCACCAAUCAGGAAAUCAAGAGGCUCCUGGCUCGCGUGGAAGAGGAGUGCAAGCAACUCCAGAGGAACCAGCAGCAAAAGCAGCAGUGCCCUCCACCAGCUCCCCCAGAUGACUCGGACAAUGAGGAGGAUUCCCCAGCCCCAGGGUUAAAUGACCACUUUCACCUCGAGGAGACUGAAGAGGAAGAAACUUCUCCACAGGCAGAGUCUGUUCCCCCGACUCCCAGGUCCCAGCUGCCCACCCCUGGCCCUUCCUCGUGUAUUCGAAACCUUCAAGAAGGCUUCCAGUCUAAAGGCAGCCCAGCAUCGCCACAGAGUAGGGCAGGAGGCAGCAAGUCUCUGAGAGAGACUGUCGCUCAGCCAGGGCUGGUUAUGCAGCCCACGAAACAGGCACAGAUAGUGAAAACCAACCAACAUCUGGGCUCCAUGCAGUCUAGCAUGAGACAUGGUAGCACAAGACUUCAGGUCUCUUCUCAGAAUCCUCCCCCAAGUCCCAUGCCGGGAAGAGGCCCCUCAGCUGCCCCUGGGAGCAGAAACCAGCAAGUGGAGGGGCCUGGCACCUUCACCGUGGGAGCCAGUUGUGGCCACUUUGGUGAUCGACUGGGUCCUGGCCAGAAUGUCCACCUGCAGCGCGGUGAGAGUGGUGCUGCAUAUCCUUUACCAAGCAAGAUCAAAGCCGCCGAGAGGCUUCUGGCCCAUGCUGCCGUGGCUGGGGAUGUGACCCUUCCAAGCCAGGGUGGACCUGGGAGCUGUGGUGAUGGGCGACACCCAGCUUCCCUCGGCAGCUCAGGCUCUGGCUCUUCUGGGUCUCCUUCGAGCAGCAUAAAGAUGUCAAGUUCAACCAGUAGUUUGACUUCAAGCAGUAGCUUUUCAGAAGGCUUCAAGGUCCACGGACCAGAGGCUCGAAUUAAAGACCAGGUGGUAAGUCAGGUACAGGGUGGCACUGCUGAGCACAGGCCCCGCAAUACUCCAUUCAUGGGCAUCAUGGACAAGACUGCGAGGUUCCAACAGCAGGGUCACCCUGCCCACCGGGCCUGGCACUGUCAGGUGGCAGAGGGGCUGCUGACGAACACAUCUGCUGCAGCUGGCCUGCAGCCCACUAACUCAGAGAAGCCCUCCCUCAAGCCCGGAGGAGGAUUCAGCAGCCAAGCCAAAGCCUGUCCUGUUUCCACCCUGAGUGGGGCUGUCCACAAUGGAGCACAGGUGAAGGAGGUAGAAGAAAGCAAGUGCCCCAUCCCAGCCCACUAUCCAGACGGCAGGAAAACCAAGAGCGCAUCUCAUCUGUACCAGGAAAGCGUCUCCAAGCAGCCGCCCCCCGUUGGCAGCGAGGCCCACAGGAGCGGCCUCGCUUCAGCAAAACCAAAGCGAUCCUUCAUAGAGUCAAAUGUCUGAGCCUUAAAGAGACCCAGUAGUACCUUUCAGAAAACGGUGUGUUGACUCCUGGUGGUAAACAGUUCAAUAGUUUCUCAUCAUAAAAAUUUCUUUAUAGCCAUACUUUUUUUUUUUUUUCCAGGGUGCAUCUGAUACCAUUGAUGUAUUAAAAAUGUAGGAAAAACUUCUGUAAUUAGUUAGAGGUCACCGUAAAUAGGAAUGCUAAACAAUUAAAAAUUAGCUUUAGCUAUACCUAUCAAGUUAAAACCUCAAGACAGCCAACACUACAUUAACUUCUGCUUCGGUCUUAUGAAAUUAUUUGGUUUGUAAUCACUUUUCUCCUUGCCUUUGCUAUUUGGCAAAACCAAAACAGUAUGUAGACAGGAAAACAAUGUCCCUUGCUGAAAAGUUUAACCCAAAUGAUGUAUCCUGGGGAAGGUAUAAUUUUCAAGUUGUACUGUUCCAUCCAGUCAAAUCACAAUUAUAUAUACAUAUAUAUGUAUAUAUAUUUGUGAUAUAUAUAUAUAUAUAUAUAUAUAUAUAUAUAUAUAUAUAUAUAUCCAGUGAUUUCUAGCUGAAUAUGAGGUGACUGUAAACAUAAGGUGGGUGAUUUUUCUUUGCUUUUUUCACUUAAGCAAAAUAUAUGAACAUCAAGUAUUGUUCCCUUCCUAGCAGUUCCUUUUAGAAAAUUAAACAUUUAUUUCCAUGUAACGGUUCUUAUUCAGAGCAUUUUCACAGUAUUCUUUCUGGAACUAUAUUCAUGCUUCAAGGUGUUUUUGAUAGUUGGAAUCAGGACAGGCUAUUUAAUAUGGACUGGUGGUUAGAUCAGAUUUGAGCUAAAGUACUAAGACCAGCAUUCCUAGUGGAGCUUAUAAAUUAGUCUCAAGUGAUUCUAAAACUGCUAACGUUCCUGAAACAAGUCUUCCAAAGUCCUUUCAGAUAUUUGAAAUAUUUAAAUUGGACACUGGAGGUAUGAUUGGUUGUUGGCCUUGUUUUGUUACACAGCCAUUCUUCAUAGUCACAUGUAUAUAUUACACAGGUAGCCCAGUUUUAUUCAGACUUGUAAAUAUAACCGUUUCAAAAGAGUUAAACUAAAAGCAAACACAAAGAACAAACCCAGCCAUACAUGUGCAUGUUCUUUGUCAAUGUCAUCCAUGCUGGUUAUUGCACUGAAUGAUACGUUAUUACGGCAUGUUAACAGUAUACCGGUAACGGCACUUUAUCUCAUUUAUAUGAACACCUGUAAGGUGCUAAAGUCCAAGCUGAUGUAUUAUUCAUUUGUAAAGAUAAGGUACAAGAAUGAACCUUGCUUUAAAGGUAUUUUUAUAUGAAAAAGUUGUGGUAUUGGAGGUGUUUAAAAUGUUAGUUUGAGAGAGGUGAGGCUGUAUUUGUUCUGUAUGUUAGGAUGUGAAAUUUAUUUUUCAGAAUUGGGGAGAAGGAAGUUCUAUAUUUGCAGACUUAAAAAUGAGUAGUUAUAAAGUUCCUACCAACAUCAUUAAGGUUUUGUACGACUAGGAACCUUCUGGUGUCAUUCUUCAACAUCUGUUGCUGUGUGUGUUGUAUACAGUGUACUUGUACAAACAGCUUUAUCAUUUUUAUAAGCUUUCCAUGAGUUCUGCUAUAACUACUAUGGCUUAUUUAUUAUUUUCUUUAAUAUUUGUGAAACUCUUACUCUUUUAUUAUGUAGUUUUGUUUCUGCACAACUACUGUACUUUUCCAUAAGAAAUAAAAGCUAUUACUAGAAUUGA